AUGACCCUGGAGGCAAUCCGCUACUCUAGGGGCUCCCUGCAGAUCCUGGACCAGCUGCUGCUGCCUCAGCAAAGCCACUAUGAGGCGGUGGGCUCGGUGCGCCAAGCCUGGUAGGCCAUCCAUGCCAUGAAGGUGUGGGGCACCCCAGCCAUCACCCUAGUGGGCUGCCUCAGCCUCGCCAUGGAGCUGCAGACGGGCACCGGGGGACUGGGACUUGCCGCACUGGUGGCCUUCGUGCGCGACAAGCUGAGCUUCCUCGUCACCACUCAGCCCACUGCUGUCAACAUGGCCCACCCCACCCGCGACCUGGCUGAUGCUGCGGCCCGGUCGGCCCGGGAGGGCACUACGGAGGAGGCAGUCCGGGAGAGAGUAAUCCGUUGCGCCAAGGACAUGCUGGAGAAAGACCUCAGAGACAACUGGAGCAUCGGAGAUCUCGGAGCCCACCACCUGGACCAGGUGGCCCCCAACGGUGGCAAGGUGACUGUGCCGACCCACUGUAACACCAAUGCUCUGGCCACUGCUGGCUAUGGUACAGACCUAGGUGUGAUCUGAUCACUGCGCAGCCUGGGCCGCCUGGAGCACGCCUUCUGCACCAAGACCUGGCCCUACAACCAGGGAGCCCGACUGAUGGUCUUCGAGCUGGCCUAUGAGCAGAUCCCCGCCACCCUCAUUGCCGACAGCAUGGUAGCUGCUGCCAUGGCCCAUAGGGGCGUGUCAGCCGUGAUCGUGGGAGCUGACCACAUGGUUGCCAAUGGCAACACAGCCAACAAGGUGGGCACCUACCAGUUGGCCAUUGUCGCCAAGCACCACGGCAUUCCCUUCUACAUGGCUGCUCUCAGCUCUUCCUGUGACCUCUGUCUGGAGACCAGCAAGGAGAUCAUCAUUGAAGAGCAUCCGAGCCAGAAGCUGACCGAUGUUAAUGGGGUCUGGAUUGCGGCACCUGGGAUUGGAGUUUGGAAUCCUGCCUUCGAUGUCACCCCCCACAACCUCAUCACUGGCAGCAUCAUCACAGAACUGGAGGUCUUUGCCCCCGAGGAGCUCCGGGCAGCCCUAACCACCACCAUCUCUUCCAAAGAUGGGACCUAGAUGGACCCCAGAUGUAACCAACUCAGCCCUCCCUAGCCUGCCUCUCUAGGAUUUUUAAUAAAUUUCUUGAAUGGCUGCCCAAAAACAAACAAACAAACAAACAAAAAAAGGCAAGCUGCAGUUAGGUAGGCACUUGCAUUCCUUCCACAGGAUUUUUUCAGGCACUGCUCUAAACUCUGGGGAUGUAAAA